CACGUGACCAGAAGUGUUUCUGAACAGGUUUCGGAACAUUGUUUCGAUGCAGCGGGUGUCGAACAGAUCGGAACAGUAUCGAGGGACAAAAUUUGAUGUUUUAGCAGCUAUUCAGUUGGAUUCGCAUCGUACCAAGGAUCGGGAGGUCCGCUGUCCUUGUGAUUGGUUAAGUAAUCGACUGACGUUGGAGAUGGAGGACAAACCCAGCCUGCUGCUCUCCUUCCACACUGAGAUUAAACAAGAGUCACUGGAUUCUGAUUGUGACAGUAAAGCUCAGUGUUCAUUGGUGGAUUCAGAGAUGACAUCAGUGAAGAAGGAAGACUACAAUCAAACACUGGGACUGAAUGAUAUUAAAUGUGAAGAGGAGAUUGGGGAUUUAACUAAAAAAGACGAGAUUGCUGAGGGAGAUUCUUUUUCAACAUCUGGAGAGCAACACCAGGAAAAUUACAAAGAUAAGAAGUCUCACCCUUGCCCCCAUUGUGGAAAACGUUUCCGGUAUUUAUCAGAUUUAAAAAGACACAUUGUGAUACAUACAGGAGAGAAGGCUUACUCCUGUUCUGACUGUGGGAGAUGUUUCUCUCGUUCAGGUAGCCUCAAAGUUCACCAGCGCAUACAUACCAGAGAGAAGCCUUACUCAUGUUGUGACUGUGGGGAGAGUUUUUCUCAGUUACAACACCUUAAACGUCACCAGCGCAUACAUACAGGAGAGAAGCCUUACUACUGUUCUGACUGUGGGGAGAGUUUCUCUCAGUCAGGUAACCUUAAAAUUCAUCAGCGUAUACAUACAGGAGAGAAGCCUUACUCUUGUUCUUACUGUGAGAAGUGUUUCUCUCUUUUAAGUAGCCUUAAAGCUCACCAGCGUAUACAUACAGGAGAGAAGCCAUACUUCUGUUCUGUCUGUGGGAAGAGUUUCUCUGAAAUAGGUAGCUGUAAAGCUCACCAGCGCAUACAUACUGGAGUGAAACCUUACUCUUGUUCUGACUGUGGAAGGAGUUUCAUUUCAUUUUCUAAUCUUACUAGUCAUCAAAGAUUACACACAGGACAGAAGCCAUACGCCUGUUCAGACUGUGGGAAGGGUUUCUAUCAGUUAGGUCACCUUAAAGUUCACCAGCUGAUACAUACUGCAGAGAAGCCUUACUCCUGUUCUGACUGUGGGAGGAGUUUCAUUUCAUUAUCUAAUCUUACUAGUCAUCAAAGAUUGCACUCCGGACAGAAGCCAUACUCCUGUUCUGACUGUGGAAAGAGUUUCUAUCAAUUUCAUACCCUUGAAGUUCACCAGCGCAUACAUACUGGAGAGAAGCCCUACUCCUGUUCUGACUGUGGGAAGAGUUUCACUAGAUUAGAUAGCUUAAAUCAUCACCAGCGCAUACAUACUGGAGAGAAGCCUUACUCCUGUUCUGACUGUGGGAAGAGUUUCUCUAGAUUAGAUAGCUUAAAUCAUCACCAGCGCAUACAUACUGGAGAGAAGCCCUACUCCUGUUCUGACAGUGGGAAGAGUUUCUCUGAAUCCAAAACUCUAAAACUUCGCCAGCACAUACACACUGGUGAGAAACCAUAGUCCUGUUCUGAGUGUGGAAAAUGUUUCUCUCAACUACAUCCCCUUAAAUGUCACCAGUGCUUACAUAUAGGAUAAAAACCUUUUUAUCUGUUCUGACUGGGAAGUUUCCUUUCAUCAUUUAUUGUUACUAGUCAUCAAAGAUUGCACACACGAGAAGACAUACUCCUGUUCUGUCUGUGGAAUGACUUUCUCUCAAUUUGACCAUUGUCGUUUGAGUUCAGUUCUAACAGAAUGAGGUGCAGUUCAAUUCUAUGGGUCCACUCCACAAGAGUCUUCCAACGCUGACACAAUGAAGAAUGGAAUGUGUAAGUAGGGAUAUAUGACUGAUCGUUAUGAUUGAUCCUUGACAGAGAUGGAGAUUUUGGUUCAAGUGACAUUUUGGGGAUUAAGAUCUGACACAAAUCUAAAUAAAUAAGGUUUGGUUAUAAAAUGAUAUUGAAUGUGUGAGAGCGGAGGAUGGUCAUUUUUAUGUGGAAGAAAGCUGUGAUUGAUCCGUAUGGACUAUAUUAUAAUUUAUUUUAUGUAACAUAUGGUAUUUUUUUUAUUUUGUCUCUUAUGAUCCUUUGUUAAUUAAAUCUUUGUUAAGAAUGACUAGAAUGCUUUUAUUGAUAGUCUUUCUAUAGUUUUUCACAUUGUACGUUUUCGUGUGAGACCAAGUUCGCUUUCAGCGGUGUAAGACCGAUCUAUGAUGUAGUUGAGAUAAGAUGUUUUCUUGUUAUUACAUUGAAGUGCUUGUAAAGUGUGACUUAGACACAGUAGCUGUGUGUUUGUAGUAGGGAUUCCACAGUUGUCCCAUGUUGAUGCUGAUACCAACAUGUCUGUACCUGUGUACCCUGACAUGAAAUAAAUAAGAAAUGUUGCUUAUGAUGCUGUUUAUGCGGUGGACAGAAGAAAACAUUUAUAAAUAAAUAUACUAUUAAUUUAAUAAUUAUAUUAUGAAAUAUUUUUUAUAAUGCCACUUCAAAAUAAAAGCAGCAUAUUGCUGGUCAGUGUAAGUGGUACCCCUGCGAUGUCCACUAGGCCUUCCUCCUUAGGACCGCAUCGGUAGUGAUCCAUGAGGGCCCGGUCCUUCCACCCAGACCCCGCUGCUUGGGUUCGGAGUUCCAAAGCUUUAUCCUGCGUCAAACUCUCCUGCCUUAGAUGGACCAGCAGAUCUUCCGCCUCUCGUAAUUCUGGCGGAUGAUCGAAAACCGCCCGGAAACGGCGGAUGAACUCAGCGUAGUCGCCCUGGGCGGGUCCCUCGUGGUUCCACACGGCCGGUUGUCCCACUCCAGGGCUUUUUCCUGGCAAAUUAUUUAACUGUGUAUUUCUUUUAGGUUGUGCCAUUACCUUUAAGCUUUUGGACUAUAUUUAUUGACUUUCAGUAAUGUCUGCUGUGCUCUUUUGGACUUGUUGUACCCACAGGUCUCUGCAAAGGACCUUCAGAACAGUUUAGCUGACACUGAAGUUAUUUCUCACAGGUCCAAGGCACAAUGUACCUUACACAGCAUGUUCACAUUUGUUGAAUGUUGAAUCUGUGGAAAAUGC